AUGCGGCGCGUGGUGGUCGUGGUGUUGCUGGUGGUGUGCACCAUUGUAGACGGCAGCAGCGAAAAUGAAACCAGCUCCAACAAGACCGUCGGCCACGUCAGGGACGCCGUUGACGGCACCUCCAAGGACGCCGUCAAUGAUACCUUCGAGAACGCCGUCAACGACACCUCCAAGGACGCCGUCAACGACACCUUCAAGGACGCCGAGGACGACCUGCAGGCCGCUGGGUCGCACCGGUUCCCCUCCAUGUACCCCUUGUUCACCACACCCGCGCCGCGCGUCUACGGUGACCUGGCCCGGGACCUGGUCCAGGACGGCGAGGAGGUGUCCGGGAGCAAGAGCUACUCGUCGUACGAGGAGGUGACGCCCGGCGAGGACAAGCUGCUCAACGCGCUCUACAAGUACCACGAAAUGCACAAUGACUGCUCCGUCCUUCAGGAUAAUUCAGAGGAUAAGGCUGGCAUGUCCGAAAAGAAGUCGAGGAAACGGAAAUGGAAGAAAAGGAGACGCCCGCCAAGGACGGAGGAUGGUGAGUCAUCGGACGGUGAAAACUCCGUCGAGUCUGGUGAGACAGAGGACGAGCCAGAAGACCCAUCGACCGGCCAAAAUACUGCCGAGAACAGUGCGGAGCCAAGCAGCAAGGACCAAGAGGAAGGCGAAACAGUGUCCACCCCCAACGGAGACGCCGAUCACCGCGGAGACAGGAAAAGGAAGAAAAAGAGAGGCAAGAAGAAAAAGAAGAUGCGAAAAAGCAAAGGUAAAACAGAGAAGGAGUCCGACAUCGUCAAGGCCAUGGGCGAGGACAUCAAGCAGCAGUUCUCGGACCUGCAGGCUGAAGUGACCGGGGAUGCGAAGGACGGUCGUGGAGACGGAGACGAUCUGCAACCGGAAGCCUCGCACAAACACAAGCACGACCACCACAGUGGCAAGGAGAAGGGCGGCGGCCAGAAGCACCACAAGGCGGAACACAAGAAGAAAGGCAAGAAGAAGAAGAAAGGAUACAAGGAGAAGCACGCGUACAAGAAGAAGACCAAAGGCCACCACGACAAGGCGGCGCACAAGAAGAAGUACAAAGACGAGAAGGGCAAGAAGCUGAAGCACGAGGAAGGCGCCAGCCACUUCGGGGAGCACAAGAAGUCGGAGAAGGGCAAGAAGGGCGCCAAGUACAACGAGGAGGGCCACCACAAGAAGGGCCACACCACCAAGGGCGAGCACAACGUGCACAAGAAGGACGAGUACCACAAGAAGCACGAGUUCUACGACGAGCACCACGACGGCGCGGGCCACCACAAGACCCACGGCCACCACCACGACCACCACCACGGGCACGGCAAGAAGUACAAGAAGGGCAAGAUGGGGCACGGCGCGUCCAGCAAGCACAGCGGCCACCACGACCACCACGGCGCGCACUCGCAGCGCCACAAGAAGACCGCCAAGUACCUGGGGCACGCCGACAAGCACAAGAAGGGCAAGACCAAGUGCCGUUCCACCGCACUUCAAAAAGAAGCCACGACGCAUCUGCUUCGUCCUUAG